CAUCUCCCUCCACCCUUUGAAUAAACGAGCCAUUUUUAGGGACGGUGCAAGUAAGGGCACAACAGAUCAUAUUCAUAGCCCCCGAAUUUUGAAGAGAGCUGAACCUAAACUAUGGAUCUACUUGCAACCGCCCAACUGCAAUACCUACCAAAUUGAGUUCCAUGGCGGCUGCACGUCUCCAACUGCGGCAAUUCAAGGGCACCGCCUCAAUCCCCUUCCGCCUCUUCUCAACUUCCGCUGCCCUGAUAGAGUGUCCGUGGACUCGCUUCACAGAGGUUUCUGAUUCGUCCGACUGCGAAAGCACCGUCUACAAGGAGGCUCUCAAGCUCCAGCGGCCAUCCACCAUUAGAUAUGACGAGAGAUUGCUCAACUCAGUGAGCUUAAUUGGUCGAAUAUUUCAGCCUCUCCAAGAACGUAACUCCAAAAGAUUCGGCGUCUACACGACCCUUAAUGUUAGUGCGUCCACUGGCAACUUUAGUGUAUUGCUCAAGUUUCGGGAUGAAAUUGCGGAGAUGACGCUCCAGCAUCUGAAGCUUAAUGAUUUAGUGUACGUUUCCGGUUGUCUAGGAUCGUACAUGAAGGCUGAUGAGAAUGGGAAGUCAAUGCACCGGUAUCAGGUUUGAAAUGGCUGAAAAUUGGUUUUCUUUUUCCCUUCUUUUCUUUUUUCCUUUUCUUUUACAAAUAAUAUUUAUGGGAGGAGCUGGAGUGGGGGAAUAAGAACAUAGAAAGUGAAUUACGUGUUUGAAUCAUGACCUGUGGACUUACAUGGGUAGUAGCAAUACCACUGGAGGGAUAAUUCGUGGCAUAUUCUGAAUCUUGAUGGUUGUAAUCAAGAAAUGUUAUAGGAAAUGAUAUUGACGUCUUGUGUAUUUUGUGACCAUGCAUUCUAGGACAAGUAUGUUAAUUCUAGAACGUCCUUAGUCUUACAUCUUAGGAAGUUGGUACGAUAUCCAAUAUGUUCCAAUAUGUUCUUUAAUGAAACCUUUCUAGAUCUUGUCUUGUGGCUGGUUAUUGCCUUAUAGUAUUGUUGUCUUGAGAAAAAACAGCAAACAGAAAGACAAAAAACUAUAGUUGAACAGACUUUCCAAGAAAUUUGGCCUGUACAGUUUUUGCUUGUUUAUCAUCAGCAUCCUGAAGUCAUUCUUCUGAUUUGAUUACCAGGUCAGAUCUUUGAAAGCCGAGCUAGUUAACAUUGACACUCAUUGAAGAAACCUUUCAGCAUGAUCAUUAUUUAAUUUGGUUGUGAAAUGCUUAUUCACAAACAGUAAGGCAUUCUUAAUUGAGGAGAUAAAGUUUAUUAAUGGAAAGUACUAUACUUCUAAGCAGUUUGAAAUUCUCCUGUUGCUAUGUUCACUAUUAUGAGUUAAUAGACAUAUUGUUAUUUUAGGUGGUCUGAAAUCACCACUCAGUUCUUUGUGUGGAAUAGAGCUCAGUUAGCUUGUGGGAAUUUGAUUUUCUAUGUCAUUAAACAAUCUUUUCUGUAGUCAUGAUGGCUGCCAAAGUGGAUGGUAAUGGUUGUCAUGCUAUUGAGUUGAAUAAUGAUACUUCUGUUCGAUUUCUAUGAAUUGAGAAGAACAUUAACUCUGGCAAAACUUUUUAGUGUUACUUAAAAAUCAAACAGUACAUACAUGUAAGGUUAAUAUUGCACGAUUAUAUCGCUUCAUGUCAAAUUGGUGACAUGCUCGGUAUUGAAAGCCACAGGAGAUUAAGUUUGAACUACUGAGUUGUAACAAAUAUUCAAUAUCACUGAAAGCUCAUAUCCUUCUGGCUUAUUGCCUACUUCAUUAUGAAGUUCAAUGUUUUCUGUGAACAAGCUAUUGAUCUUCAACUUAUGAAGGUGUCUUUACCAUGUCCGAUGAUUUCUGUGUACUAACGAUGCAUGUUUGUUGAAUCCUCUCCAGCCUUUGUGUGUGUUUAGUUUUUGUCAAGUACUUUGUUCCAAACAACUUAAGUUUUAUUUGCACGGUUGCGCGUUUCAUACAAUACAUACGUCAACAUCAAGGAGACAUUAUUCAAUGGUUCGGUCUUGGGCAUGGUGACAUGCAGAUAUGUUAAUAUAAUUUUUUUAACAAUGUUAUGUUUCCAGGAUCAAAUUCUGACAUAAAAAGGUUAUUGUUCUGAUUUUUCGCUUCCUUUUUAGUGUGAAAAACCCUUGAUACGAAGUUCUCCUUAGCAAGCUCCGUUAAUUUUCUAAUCCAAUGUCAGAUAUAAGCAAAUGGGUUGCACAUUGCAGUGCUGCUUUAUUAUUAGCUCUCAUUAAAAGGAGUACAUCAACACAGAAUGGGUUCAGAUAGAUCUUGUUUCUUCUCCACGAGUUAACUGAUCAUAUCAGACUCGAUUUUAUCACAUUUACUUGAUCCCUAGUAUCCCUAACAUAAAUGUAUCAUAUAGAACGGCACAAGAGUACAUUAUUUUUUUUUUUAAAAUUUACAAGUGCACCUCAAUUUUUCCUUCUAUAUGUACUCAUUUUUUCCUUUCUAUAGAAUGGAUGUUAUAUAAUUGUAUGGUGAAAUUUUCACUUGUAGGUAGUUGUUAGAGAGGUAAAUUUUGUUAGUCAAGAUGGUCUGGGGCCAGCCUACAAGAACCUUGUAAAGUUGGGACCAAAAGGUAUAUGGUUUCUUUUACAUGUUGCUAAAAUUGACUACUGUCUGAACAUUCACAUUUUUUUGCUGCUUAGUGCACUGUAACUGUAUUUUGGAAAACCAAGCAAUUAAGAUCAUUUGAAAGCAUGAAUAAUGUGUUUUUUACCUUUUAUGAUGGAUAACUUAUUUUCAUAAAUCUUUUGGGUUCUGACGGCAUAUGUUAUAUAUGCCAUUCGAAAUUUGUAUUUAUCUUCUUUUUCUCCCUCUUUUCUUGCCAAUUCUCGUUUCCCUGUUUCCUUUUUGUUCGUCAAUUUUACUGUUCCUGCUUUUUGUUGAAUAUAUGUUACGAUCGGCAGUUCCAUACGAG